AUGUCCGGCACCAGGGAUGAGUGCGUGUUCAUGGCCCGGCUUGCAGAGCAAGCGGAGCGCUACGAGGACAUGGUGGAGUACAUGAAGCGGGUGGCUUGCAUGGGUUCCGAGUUGAACCUGGAUGAGCGCAACCUCUUCUCAGUGGCGUACAAGCACGCCGUCGGCGCGAGAAGACAAGCUUGGCGUGCAGUGAACACCCUGGAGAAGCGCGAGGCGGCUGCCUCCAAGGGCGCGGCGAUCCUGGAGCUGGUGCAGAAAUACCGGGAGAAGGUCGAGACAGAGCUGGCGAACAAGUGUAGAGAAGCCUUGAAGAUCCUCUUUGAAGAGCUCAUCCCCAAGGCUGGCACUAGCGAUUCCAAGGUCUUCUAUUUGAAGAUGAAAGGAGACUACCAUCGGUACCUAGCUGAGUUUGCCACGGGCGAGAUGCACAGCAAGUGUGCGCAGGAGGCCCACGACGCUUACCAGAGCUCAUCGGAAGCCGCGAUUUCGGACCUUCCGCCCACGCACCCGGUGCGCUUAGGCCUUGCCCUGAACUUCUCCGUCUUCUACUAUGAGGUCUUCUCGUCCCCAGAAAAGGCAUGCCUUCUCGCGAAAGCUGCUUUCGACGAUGCCAUGGCCGUCAUGGACAGUCUGGAUGAAGACAGCUACAAAGACAGCGCUGCCAUUAUGCAGCUUCUGCGAGACAAUCUCACCCUCUGGACCUCCGACAUGCAAAACCCUCACAAGGAAGGUGAUGGAACAACCGUCGAAGACUUCUACUGA